GUGACGUGUUACCAGCAAGCUGGCCGCGAGUACAGUCAGCAGUAUGAAUCCCCACUACCACCCCUACACGGAGUUGAACUCUCCACAUUCUCCGCCCCCGGACAACAACAACUAUCAUGGCCACCCCCAGCACGGCCACCCUCCACACCCUCACCACCCGGGCUCGCAGUCACACGGCAGCACCAUGAGCAACGGACACGUGAUGGGGCCUAACCAUCACCACCACCACCACCCUCAAGGGAGCACGGGCCCCCCACCACACCCCGGACCACACCACGACCACCAUCAACACCCACACCACCAGCACCCACCAUUUGGAAGCGGGGGACCACCCCCGGGAGCCCCGAUGCACCACCCGCACCAUCAUCACAUCAAUAAUAACAACAAUAAUAACAACAAUAACAGCAAUAACAAUAACUGUCCGACGGUGAAGGUGUGCGCGGGGUGUGGCGGCAAGAUCGUGGAGCGGUUCCUGCUGCACGCCCUGGACCGGUACUGGCACAACGGCUGUCUCAAGUGCACGUGCUGCGGCGCCAUGCUUGCCGACAUCGGAGGCUCCUGCUUCACGAAGGCCAACAUGAUCCUCUGCAAGAACGAUUACUACAGGAUGUUCGGAAUAUCUGGAGCGUGCUCAGCUUGCGGGCAGACGAUUCCCGCGAGCGAGUUCGUGAUGAGGGCCGGCAGCGGGACAGGUCAGGCGGCCGCCCACGGAGGAGGGCCUCAGCAACAACCCGGCGGUCACCAAGUAUUCCACCUCAAGUGUUUCACGUGUUCCAAAUGCGGGGCACAGCUCGUUCCAGGCGACCGCUACUACCUCCUUGCAGGCAGCUUGAUCUGCGAGCAGGACUGGCACAAGCUGCUCAAGGGUUCCGGCGUCGCGGGGGGCACAGCCACGAACACAGGAACCGGCGUGCGCAAGGGGAAGGUGGGUCGGCCCCGGCGGAGCAGGGACUAGAUGGACUGGACAGUGGGCACACGGAUCCUCGUGGGAACAGACAUCAGUUCCAGUGACGUAUCCACUGUUGACUCCUGAAGGGACUGUUCAAGGGAUACACGUCAUUUGCUGUGGAACCCACGUCUGGGCCUGGAAGGGAGCGGAAAGGGAACGUUUAUCUUGUUUCGAGCAAUGGUGAUUCUGUUGCUGUAGCAACCUUGUGGCUGGGAAAGACUAAUUAUGAAAACAAAUAUUUCAACAUCCGGUACUUACCGCAGCGAGCAAUUCUCUAUAAUUUUGGAGCAAGGUGUGCAGAAUUUGCCGAAAUCCCUUUCCUUGGCGUCCGGAAGCAACGAAUGAUUUCAUGGAAGCCUAUCCACAGAAAGUCUGUCUCAGCGUAAGGGUUGCGGGUGAAGGGGGGAAGAAACAGAAUGACUGCUAUAAUGCGUGAUGACUAGACUGUCAAGAAACUAUGUGACUCUGACUGGCAGCGACAGGCUUCAGGAGAGACAAAUAAAAGUAUGAACAUUUUCGCAGACGAAGUGACAAUUUUCAGUGCUAAUAAGAAUGGUUCCUCUGUCAGGCUAUAUCUGUAUGUAUGCUGUCCGCCCUCUUACAGAAUUCUGAAGCAAGAUAGAUGCAUAACCUGAAGACGUUCGAACAGUGUAAUGGAAAUAAGCCAUUGAAUAGCGUUAAUAGCUACCCAAAUCCCAUUCAGAAGAUAAUGGUUGAAUAUAUGCAGCAGAAUCAUUUUCAUGUGGCCGCUUAAUUGUGACACAGGCUUUACAAUAAUGAGGUCUCGGAGAGAAGCCGCGACCUACCAAUAAUGGAUUCUAUUACUGGGCUGAGGAAUGCGCUGCCCUUGAUCGGCAGGAAGAAGGGAAGUACCUCCCCGGAUUUUUUAAGAUUCAGAAGGGAAAAACGGAAGAAAUAUACCAAAUAUUAAUACUAGAACUUAAAAAAUACUUAAAAAUAUUGGUCUGCCCUGAAUGUUCCAUGGCGAUCAGUAAAAAUAGUCUACAAGACUCAUGCGUAAGUUUUCAAGCAACUUUUCUGCUCCCUUCCCCCUAAAAAAUACGUAAUUCUGGUGCCCCACGUAAUGUUGCUAUGGGAGCAGUUUUGCUCCCUCCAGAAUGGUACACACACCUCAACCUCAGCGGCCUCGUGAUGAUAACACUGCUAUACACAUCCAUUUGUCGAACCCAAAGCCUUCAUGUUCUGUAUCUGACGUACAAUGCAAGCCUUCAUGUAGAUGCAUGGAAUGAGUUCUUUAAUAUGCCUGAAAAUUGAUGAUCGUUUCUGAAAUAUCACAUAGGAUGAAGAGAGGUCAAAGAAUUCGAGCGGCAUUGCUGCUAAGUUAUGGUUGCUAAAAUUGAAAGAAACUGUUUCUUUGAGAAGAGACUCAAAGGUUUGUUUUUUUUUAAUUAGUGUAAAAAGUUUGUUAGUUAUUAGUUAUUAAUCAGAAGGAAAAUACGUACUCUGUUGCGACCCAUAGCGAUUGAUUUCAGCAAAGCAUCAAGCAAGCA